GUCCCCUGCAUUGGCAGGCAGAUUCCCAACCACUGUGCCACCAGGGAAGCCCUCCUUGACGUUUUUGAAGGUAAGAGUGUGUGUGUCAAAAAUCUGUUUUCCCAUAAGACAUACUGGUAAAGGAAGAUGUAGAGGGCUUUCAGUCAUGCACAGAAAUAGAAUCUACUGUCCUGCUGAUGUGGAGGAUACUGAGAAUGUGUAAUACUAGAAGCUUAGAAGCUGCAUUGUACGGGAUGUGUUGUGGGGACAGGCUGGGGACAAGAGUUUGGGAACUGGGAUUGGUCAUCUGGGUUGGAGGAUAGUCAUUGUUUACGUGGCAGAUUUGCUUUCCCAUCCCUGCUGGAGGCCGCCGGUGCCAGAACGUUCCCCUUUAAGAAACGUGAAAUCGUCAUGUACUGCCUAGACUUCAGGGGUUUAACAUAACGGCAUGAAGUACUUUACAGGUGAAAAAGGGGUGCUGUUGGGCUGCCAUCCACUGGUGAUAGACUGCUGCUGGGCAAUGAAGUUUCAGAAUGGGUUUGUUCUUCUUUAUUAUAAAAACCUUACAUGGCUUGUUACGGGGAAAUGAGAAAGCAAGGCAAAUAUGUUCCAUCUACCACCCCCCAAAACAUUAUUGACAUCUUUCAUAUCCUCUAGAUGUUAACACCCUUCUCCCUGACCCUUGCAUUUCUGAAAAUGCAGCGUGCUUCACCAUGUCAAAAGAAACUUGCCCACCAGUUCCCUCAUCCCCAGCCCACAGAGUGCACUCUUUAAUCAGUUGGCACCUUAGAACUGAUACAUGUAAAAGGUAUGGGGGCUAGGUGAUCUCUAAGAUUACUUCCAAGCUCAAUAAUCUGUUCUAUUUUAUUUUAUCUUCUCUGUCUUUUCCUGCAAUAUCUUGCUUCAGUGCCACCUGUGAAGCCAUCUUUGACAGUGAAAACGGAAAGGGGUUCCUACAAUUUGUUUAUAUCACUCAUACCGUGUGGCAUGUAUAACCUGCAUUAUAGUUAUUUGGGUUUAUCUUAAAUGGUGUGAUGAGGAAUUUUGAGGCCCUAAGGCGAGGAUAAUGUAUUAUUCCCUAGCAUCCAGCCAUCAAGGUAAGACUGAAGGUAGAGUUUUGAAAGUCAUCAGUUUAAUAACCGGAUGAGUUGCCUGAGCCAAGAUGAAAAGUGGUCCAGGCUGACUGAGUUUUGAGGAAAGCUUGAAGUCAAAUUUGGAAAAAGGAUGAGGGACCAGUAAAGAACAUGGGAGGAGCUGGGGAGGAGGGUUUACCGGGUUCCAGCUUGAACAGCACCGGGGCCCUCCCCCAGGUUUCUCCAGAGCAGACUUUGGCAGCUAGGACCAAGGUAGGUCAGAUUGUGGCCUCCCAAAUUUCCAGUUUUGUUGAAAAGACUAAAAAACUAAGUUCCUGAACUGGCAAGGUAAGGCAGUUCUCUAGUGACUUCUCAACCAACCUCUCUUCCCUUUCCCCCAGCUAAUCCUGAUGCUGACUGCAGCAGUUAGUCUUAAAGUAGUUGCUUAUGCUUACUGUAGGGAGGUACGUGUACUGCUCUAAAGAGGGUAUUCUGGGAUGGCUCCUGAGAUGUAAUUGAAGCUGAAAUCUGAAGAACAAGGCGCCAGCAAAGGGUGCUUGGUUAGAGGGACCAGCAGGAGGUAAAGUUGAGGUUGACAGGAGCUUAGGGAUGUUUAGGAACUGCUAGAAUGUAGGAGGCUGAAGCCUGGUGAGCAAGAUGGAGAACUUGGCAGCAGCCAGAUCACGCAGGGCCUUGUAGCCAUUGUAGCAGGGACUGGAAUCUCUGCUCUCAGACACAGUGGGAAGGUGUUAGAGGGUUUUAAGCUGUCAGGGGAUGUAGGCUGAUGUUAGAUGGCAGCAGUGGAAGCAGAAAGACUGUUGGCAUUAAGAGCCUGUUGCAGUGGUUCAGAGAAGAGUUGGUGGUGGCAGAAACAUUGCAGGACUGAUUGGACUGGCUAAUAGAUUGGAUGUGAGGGCAAGGUGGUCAGAGAAAGAGGAACUAAGAAUGACAUCUGAGUGGAUGGCCAACAGUGGGAGGGGAAGAGAUUUGUGGGAAAGUGGAGUUCUGUUAUUUUGUCUCACCCAUGAAAAGCUGGAGGGCAGAUGGCAAAUGGGCAGCUGGAUAACGAGCUUGGAGUUCAGAGGAGAGGAGUGGGCUGGAGCUAGACUUUUAGGAGUUGUGACCUCGUCCUGAAUGCCGAGAAGCGGAUGAGGAUCCAUGGCCACAGUAGGGGUUUUGGCCUCUGAUUGAAGGGGGCUCUUCCUCCAUAAUAAAGAGGAAGGAAGGAGAAGAUAGUACCGUUGCAGUUUUCAACUUUGCAGCUACAAGAAGGGACCCUUGAGCCUCCAUGGGCAGAAGGAAAGACAACCCUGCAGCUAGAACACUUCCUUCGGUCCAGAACUAGAGAGCGAGAGCUUUGUUUCCUGACGGAAGUGGGGGAAAAAAACCCCGCGAGAGCCGGAAGUUGUGCGUCGCGUCCUCGCGCCGGCCUCCUGGGCCGCGGGGUGAGGCCGCGGCGGACUGCCCUUCCUCAAGAUGGCGUCGAAGAUAGGUUCGCGACGGUGGAUGCUGCAGCUGAUCAUGCAGUUGGGUUCGGUGUUGCUCACACGCUGCCCGUUCUGGGGCUGCUUCAGCCAGCUCAUGCUGUACGCUGAGAGGGCCGAGGCGCGCCGGAAGCCCGACAUCCCAGUGCCCUACCUGUACUUCGACAUGGGGGCGGCCGUGCUGUGCGCUAGCUUCAUGUCCUUUGGAGUGAAGCGGCGCUGGUUCGCUCUGGGGGCCGCACUCCAGCUGGCCAUUAGUACCUACGCCGCCUACAUCGGGGGCUACGUCCACUACGGGGACUGGCUGAAGGUCCGUAUGUACUCUCGCACAGUUGCCAUCAUCGGUGGCUUUCUUGUGCUGGCCAGCGGUGCUGGGGAGCUGUACCGUCGGAAACCCCGCAGCCGUUCCCUCCAGUCCACCGGCCAGGUCUUCCUGGGCAUCUACCUCAUCUGCGUGGCCUACUCGCUGCAGCACAGCAAGGAGGACCGGCUGGCGUAUCUGAACCAUCUCCCAGGCGGGGAGCUGAUGAUCCAGCUCUUCUUCGUGCUGUAUGGCGUCCUGGCCCUGGCUUUCCUGUCAGGCUACUACGUGACCCUGGCUGCCCAGAUCUUGGCUGUUCUGCUGCCCCCGGUUAUGCUGCUCAUUGAUGGCAACGUUGCCUACUGGCAUAACACGCGGCGUGUUGAGUUCUGGAACCAGAUGAAGCUCCUUGGAGAGAGCGUGGGCAUCUUUGGGGCCGCUGUCAUCCUGGCCACCGACGGCUGAGUUGCACAGCGGGAGUCUGAGAUGGGUGCAGGGAGCCAGUGAGGGCUACCCUGCCUUCCUCCUUGCUGGCCCAGUUAUGUUUACUUAUGCUUUUUGGUCUGUUUGUUUGAUCACUUGCGUUGUGUGCAUGUGUGUGCGUACGCAUGUGUGUGCGUGUGUUGGUAAGAGGCAGGUCUCUUCCCCAGUUCCUGGGCUUGGGCCUUGGUGAGGUGGGAGCCCUGAUGACUCUGCCUUACAGGUUUCUUUUUCCUGUUUGUUAUGAGGAGAGCUGAGGCCAGCUGCUCCCUUGGGUCUCCUGUCCCAGGGAAGGGAGUAAGGCAGGGCUAGGGUGGGGUACUGAGAGUGGGAGACAGAGGAGAACCGGAAGAGAGCCAAUGUGAAACAGCCCUUUUUGAACCUGGCAGAUGUAGCUAGGCUCCGCAGUGCUUUUCUGAGACUGAGAGCGAGUGAGUGUGCACGUUGACACGUGGCUCAGGCCCAGGAGGAGCAGAGGGGCCGGGCACCACGGAAGUCAUGUGGGCUCUCAGGGUGUGCUGGGGCAGAAACAGCACUAGCUGUCACCCACCUUGAGGGUAGAGCAGGCCCCAGUUUACUCUGGGGUUUGCAGGGGUGGGACAGGCAGCAGCCAGCUUCCUGCCUCUGGCCUUCUGUUUCCAGCUCCGUGGUUGGCCUGGUGGGGGUGAGUGCCCGCCCAAACACCAGACCACACAGUCCUCCGAAAAUAAACAUUUUAUAUAGACA